UAUUCAAUCGUCUGUGUUAUUUUCAGCUCUGAGCUCUCAUCCGUUUUAAAUUUCAAGGUGACACAUCGGGUUGGGGUAGUGGCAAAGGAAUGGCGUUGGGUAAUGGUGGACCCGAAGACGUUAGCACUCAUCAUACCAAUUGAUCAGAAUCCGAAGUCUAUAUCUCGAGAGCGUUUCGUUUCUCUGCUCGAAUACUGUGAGGAGGAGCUCGGUGUCGAGCGUAUUCUCGCAGUUUUCAAUAGACCAGAGAUGUCGGAAGGAUUCCCGCGUACACUUCGGUAUGUUGGCUUUCGCGUUCUUCCACCUGAUGCCGUUCCUACGCCAUUUUCGAGUGACAACUUUUUUGUAAUGAGCUAUCAUGUUUAA